AUUUUGCUGUGACUAAUGAGUAUGAGUGACUAAUCUGACAUAUCUGUGCUCUGAUAGAAUAUCCAGCUUGACCUUCUUCAAGAACAUUGCCUACUCAUUUUUAUCAAAUUCCCGCCAUUUUCAGAUUCUUCAAUCCAGGAAGUUCGUUUGAGAGCUUUCUUUCAUCUCUAUGGCCUUUGAAGCAGAAUCAGACUUUUCGAAGCAACUAACCACCAGGCACAAAUGUUCUGCCUGCUUCAAGCAGUAUAACAAAAAGGAGCAUCUUGUUGAGCACAUGAAGGUCUCAUACCACUCAGUUCAUCAGCCUAGAUGCGGGGUGUGUCUGAAGCACUGUAAAUCUUUUGAAUCACUGAGGGAGCAUGUUAUUGGUCCAUUGCCAAAAGAAAGUUGUUCAAGGGUCUUCUCUGAACAAGGCUGUAAUCUUUGCUUGAAAGUUUUUGAUAGCCCCAUUUCUCUCGGUGAGCAUAAGAGAAGUUGCCAACUACCUGCACCUAGUCCUAUAGGAACCAUGAAAUUGCCAUAUUCAAACCCAAUUGUUGUAAGCCACAAUGGCAGAGGUCCUGGAGCAAUUGCCAUAGAUUGUGAAAUGGUUGGAGGUGGAGAUGAUGGAACGUUGGACCUUUGUGCUUUAGUGUGUCUAAUUGAUGAAGAUGAGAAUGUGAUUUUCCACACAUAUGUGCGUCCUCAAAUUCCUGUCACUAAUUACAGAUUCGAAAUAACUGGGUUAACUGAAGAGCAUCUAAGAGAUGCCAUGCCACUAAAGUUAGUUCAAGAAAAAAUUUUGCAAAUUCUGUACAAUGGAGAAUCUAUUGUGAGGGCAAGGAUGCAGGGUGGAAAGGCUAGGCUUCUUGUGGGGCAUGCAUUGGAGCAUGAUUUGGAUUGCUUAAGAAUGACUUAUCCUGAUAACCUGCUGAGGAUCAGCAUAUGCAACUGGCAACUUAGUGGACUACUUAUCUGCUACACCAUAUCAAGUAGUUGAUAUGGGACUUUCGUUAUUGAGUUAGCCAUACACUUCACACGUUUCUAGCGAUUCACAUGGCAUCAUCAAAUGAUACAAGUCUUGGAUAAGAAUCUACAACACCCUAGAACGCCCUUGUUGACGAUCCUUUACUCCGACAAUUUAAUUGUCUGUUUAAAAAAAAAAAUCAUUUUAUUUCUUUAAAGUGUAUUCCGAUUGAGUCUAUUUUUUUUUCUUAUAACCUUUAAUGAGUCUCUUUUUUGUUGUCACAGUAUUAUCAAUUUGUCAUAGGAUUUCAAAAUAUUAACAACAUUUGCAUUAUCUUAAUGGAACUGAAGUUUUGCAGCAAAGACUGGAUUUUUACCUUCAAUUGUAAUGGAAAACAUAGAAAAUUAUCCUUAAAAAAAAAUCUUCAUUUGCUUUCAACACAUCUUAACUCUAUAUAAGAUUAAAGAUUGAUAAUAGUAUAUAAAUAUUAUACUUCUACCCCCUUCCCUUCUUAAAUAUCAUCCAUAAUUUCUAGCUUGCCCCAAAGUUUCUCUGAAAUUAAUGGUAUCACUCUUUUUUGGUCAAUAUCAUAGGGGCCAGAUAGUCCACUUCUUUUUUCUUAGUUCAGCCAAAACUAGAAGUGCUGGGCCUCAAUCAUUGUAAAUUUUUGGAGAAGCUAAGUAGUUUUACUAGCAUAUAUUUAAUUUAGACUUAAAAGCUUUGCAUGAAGAUCAAAGUUUCUGAAUCAAACUUCCAAGUUUUGGAAAGUUGGAACACAUUACGCUAUACUUUCACUUAGCAGAUUUUUAUUGGAGAUUAAAGUUUGUUUUUGAUGGUUACCAUUU